CACCAGCUUCCUGUUCUCUGGCUCCUGCGCAGCUCUGCUCAGAAGGCGAGGCGGAAGCACUCCGAAGCUCUCGGCUGUGGCGCGUGCACCUUCUUCUGUGCUUCUGGGAGCAGGGGAGGCGAUUGCGGGCCUAGGAUUUUUGGGGUUUCUACUUUGGGGGGCGGCCCCCCGUGUUUUCUUCAGGGAGCAGCAGGGGUGGACACCAUGAGCCGCGGCGCCAAGCCUUCCAAGACGCAGGAGAGCUGCGGCAGCUCCCUGCUCAGCCCCCAGGAGAACGAGCGAGUGUUUGACGUGCUGGGCAGGAAGUGUGUGACCAUGGCCACCACUGUGGCUCAGCUCCACAUGGCUCUUCCUCACAGCAGCAGCUACUGGUCCCUCCAGCACUGUGGGGUGCUGUGCUUCGUCAAAGACAACCCCAAGAGGUCCUAUUUCAUCCGGCUCUACGACAUCAAGGAGGGGACAAUGAUCUGGGAGCAGGAACUGUACAACCAGUUCACAUACUCAUCCCCAAAGCCCUACUUCCACACCUUCACCGCUGAUGACUGUCAGGCGGGGCUGAACUUUGCUGAUGAGCAGGAAGCUGCCAACUUCCAGAAACACGUGGAGGAGAAGAUCAACCAGAGACUGAAUCGUCUAGAGAAAAGACAGCUUCCUCCUCCUCCUCCUCCCUCUGCAGAUGAAAGAAGGAGUUUACCGCCUCUGCCACCACCCAAUGCAAACGGCCCAGCUGCAUCGCCGGUGACCCCCGGCCCCUACCCCAUGGCCACCAUGGACAUCCAGAACCCAGACAUCCUGGCGUCGCGGUACCGGCCCGCCCCUGCGCCGGCACCCGCCAUACUGGAGAAGGGGAAGAAGAACAAGAAGCAGAACAAGAAGAAGGGAUCCAAGCUGACCAAGGCUGACAUUGGGGCGCCAAGCGGGUUCACCCACGUGUCUCAUGUCGGAUGGGAUCCCAACACUGGAUUUGAUGUGAACAACCUGGACCCGGAUCUGAAGAACCUGUUCUCCCGGGCUGGGAUCAGCGAGGCCGAGCUGGCAGACGCAGAGACGUCCAAGCUGAUCUACGACUUCAUCGAGCAGUCGGGGGGGCUGGAGGUGAUCAAGCAGGAGAUGAGGAGACAAGAUCCCCUGCCCCCCGGCCGCCAGGGCCCCCUGCCCCCCAUGUCCUCCUGUAUCGCCCCAGGAAGCUGUCGGCUGGGAAACAUGUGUUUCUUGCCUGAGGUUAAGGCGCGUCUGAGCGCACGUUUUCUGAGCUUUCAGCAGGUCAGCUGGGCCCGUGGGCAGGGAAUAGUAGAGGUGAGGGCAGGGCAGACUCUGACCCACCGUGCUGCUCCUCCGCAGGUCACAGAGAACCCUGACCUGCAGCCCUCCUCUUCGUCCGAGAGCAACGAGGGGAUUGUGGGGGCGCUAAUGAUGGUCAUGCAGAAGAGGAGCAAGGUCAUCCAUUCCUCAGACGAAGGUGACGACGACGGAGCCGAUGAUGAGGACGAUGAUGAGUGGGACGACUGAAUUGAGUUUUUUUUUUAUUUUUCCUUUUUCACCCUUGUCUAACUGACCUGCGUCCUGGACCAUCAAUCGAGGGCGACAGCUCAGAAGAAGUCGGAUUUUUCGGCGCAGGUUUUGGAACCGGCGUUAUUUCCAGCAGGAAGUUAGAAGGGAAUAACAUGUCAGUAUCUCAGCUCUGCGUUAAGACCCCGUUAACACUCCCACCCCUGAACGUCUUGCACUGAUACAAACCUCCAGGCUGCAAAGCUGACAGCUCUCUCUCCCAGGGUCCGCUGUUCGUGUGUCUAAAAGAAAUGUGGCUUUGCAAUUUCGACGUCCUGUACCUUCUUAACACUUACUAGUGUGAGAAAGAAAGGUUACAACCGAGGCACAACCACUCAGCCCAACUUGCUCGUUUGGCUGCUAUCAGCUUAACGACCCAAAGUAUCCCAUCUGCCCUACUAGGGUGUCAGGGAGUUAGAUCCAGACUCCUACAACUCUCUGUGUAAAGAAGCUUCAUUUCUCUCUGUUCUGAAGCUUCAUUUCCACCUGGCUUGCCCUCUGCCUUUCAGGAUGUUGAGCCCCCGAACCGAGCUUCUAUCUCAGGGGUCUCCAACCCUGGUCCUGGAGAGCCCCAGUCCAAUCCACCCUGAAACAACUGUUAUUUAGAGAUUAGGCACACAUGUUUAACAGUUGAUCAAACAAACGAGUAGUGUUUCAAGAAAGGGAACCUUGGUCCUUCAGCGCUGAAGGAUAUUCUGAUUUCAGUUCCAAAUCAUCUCCAAAUGAUUGAACUGAACACCACCCCCCUGUUUAAUUGUUCCAGGCCUUUAGAAACUGCCUCUGAAGCUUACUGGAAAGCUCCCCAGUUCCAGUGUUGGAGACCCCCACGCUGUGUAAUAAUUUCUGCUUCAUAAUUACCACGACAGCAUGGAAACACGCACCCAUUCCCACUUCCACUCGGAUCCUGAUCACCCACACACGGGGCGCUUUGAGCUCAGCAACGUCUAGGGUCCACUGCGUGCUACACGCCAGGGGACACGCCAGGGGAACAUGGCAAGCCCAGACUGAGGCCGGACUGCUGUUGCAAAACUGAACUCUGUCCCCUGCAGCUGCGUGGAAGACUGUUCCCCAGAAGCAUUUCAUACAAUAAAGCCUUAACUUUUCAGAAUC